AAUAUGUCUACCCCACAGAUGAACCACCAACCACAAGCACCAGAAGGAAACACAACCGGGUUGAAGGAAUUUGUCCUCCUGGGAUUUUCUGAUGUUCCCCAUCUCCAGUGGUUUCUAUUUGGAUUGUUGAUUAUCGUCUAUGUCAUCAUCCUAGUGGGCAAUGGCACCAUCGUACUAAUAACAAGGGUGGACUCUACUCUCCAGACCCCCAUGUAUUUUUUCCUUGGAUAUUUUUCCUUUUCAGAAAUGUGUUAUGUAUCGGUUACUCUUCCCAGAAUGCUCUUCAACCUUGCCACCCAGAGAAGAACCAUUUCCUUCACUGCCUGUGCUACACAGAUGUGCUUCACUCUCAUACUGGGGGCUACAGAGUGCUUCCUCCUGGCUGUGAUGGCCUAUGACCGUUAUGUGGCCAUCUGUAACCCACUGCGCUACCCUCUACUCAUGAACCCCAGGGUUUGCACUCAGCUGGUGGUUGGCUCCUGGGUCUGUGGAAUUCCGGGGCAGGUAGGUCAGACUUCACAGAUUUUCUCUGUGCCGUUUUGUGGUUGCAAACAAAUCAACCACUUCUUCUGUGACAUACCCCCAGUACUUUACUUGGCCUGUGGGAACAUCUUUGUGAAUGAGAUGAUGGUUUUCUUAGGUGCUCUGGUGUUUGUUUUGGUUCCCUUUCUGUUAAUAAUUUUCUCCUAUAGUAAAAUCAUCUCUACAGUCCGGAAAUUACCAUCAGCCACAAGUAGGACCAAAGCCUUCUCCACCUGUUCAUCUCAUCUUGCAGUUGUGGUGCUAUUUUUUGGAUCAGCUAUCAUUACCUACUUUAGACCCAGUGCUAGUCAUUCGGGUGGAACCGACAAAGUGCUUUCCCUUUUCUACACUGUUGUGACUCCCAUGUUUAACCCAAUGGUAUAUAGUCUAAGGAACAAAGAUGUUCUAAUGGCACUGGAAAAAUUGUUUUGUAAAUGA